CUGAAUUAUUUAAGGAAGACAGAGUUCGAAAGACAGAUGUCAUUUCUAAAUGAAUUUUUUUUUUUCCCUUAUAGCAUGUGUUUGAUGAUCUCAGUGUCUCAGUAUCCUUGUCCUGGGUUGGCGAUGGCACUGGGAUCAUUCUAGUCUUGACUACCUUCCAUGUACCACUGGUAAUUAUGACUUUCGGACAGUCCAAGCUAUAUCGAAGCGAGGACUAUGGGAAGAACUUUAAGGAUAUUACAAAUCUCAUCAACAACACCUUCAUUCGGACUGAGUUUGGCAUGGCUAUCGGUCCUGAGAAUUCUGGGAAGGUGAUUUUAACAGCAGAGGUGUCUGGAGGAAGUCACGGAGGAAGAAUCUUCAGAUCAUCAGAUUUUGCCAAGAACUUUGUUCAGACCAAUCUCCCUUUCCAUCCUCUGACUCAGAUGAUGUAUAGCCCUCAGAAUUCUGAUUAUCUUUUAGCCCUCAGCACUGAAAAUGGCCUGUGGGUGUCCAAGGAUUUUGGGGGAAAAUGGGAAGAAAUCCACAAAGCAGUAUGUCUGGCCAAAUGGGGAUCAGAAAACACCAUCUUCUUUACCACCUAUGCGAACGGCUCCUGCAAAGCUGACCUUGGGGCACUGGAAUUAUGGAGAACUUCAGACUUGGGGAAAAGCUUCAAAACGAUUGGUGUGAAAAUCUACUCAUUUGGUCUCGGGGGACGUUUCCUUUUUGCCUCUGUGAUGGCUGAUAAGGAUACAACAAGAAGGAUUCAUGUGUCAACAGAUCAAGGGGACACAUGGAGCAUGGCCCAGCUACCUUCGGUGGGGCAGGAACAAUUCUAUUCUAUUCUAGCAGCUAAUGAUGACAUGGUGUUCAUGCAUGUAGACGAACCUGGAGAUACCGGAUUUGGCACAAUCUUUACCUCAGAUGAUCGAGGCAUCGUCUACUCCAAGUCCUUAGACCGACAUCUCUACACCACCACAGGUGGCGAGACAGACUUUACCAAUGUGACCUCCCUGCGUGGGGUCUACAUAACAAGUGUGCUCUCAGAAGAUAAUUCUAUCCAGACUAUGAUCACUUUUGACCAAGGAGGAAGGUGGAAGCAUCUGAGGAAACCUGAAAACAGCGAAUGCGAUGCUACAGCAAAAAACAAGAAUGAGUGCAGCCUUCAUAUUCACGCUUCCUACAGCAUCUCUCAGAAGCUAAACGUUCCGAUGGCCCCACUCUCAGAGCCUAAGGCCGUCGGCAUAGUCAUUGCCCACGGGAGUGUAGGGGAUGCCAUCUCAGUGAUGAUCCCAGAUGUGUACAUCUCAGAUGAUGGGGGUUACUCCUGGACCAAGAUGCUGGAAGGACCCCACUAUUACACCAUCCUGGAUUCCGGAGGCAUCAUUGUGGCCAUUGAGCACAGCAGCCAUCCUAUCAAUGUGAUUAAGUUCUCCACAGAUGAAGGUCAGUGCUGGCAAACCUACAUGUUCACCAGGGAGCCCAUCUACUUUACUGGCCUCGCUUCAGAACCUGGAGCUCGGUCCAUGAAUAUCAGCAUUUGGGGUUUCACAGAAUCGUUCCUGACUCGCCAGUGGGUCUCCUACACCAUUGACUUUAAAGAUGUCCUCGAAAGGAACUUUACAGGUGAGGCUCUAGAAUGUGGAUGGGGUGAGCACGGAGCCCACACUGACCAUUUCAGAAUUCCGUGGCUUCAUGCUGGAAGGCAUGUUAAAGGCACAGAAAAUGGCUUCAGAAAAGGAGGUGAGGAGAAGGACUAUACCGUAUGGCUGGCCCACUCCGCGGACCCUGGAGAUUAUGGAGACGGCUGCAUCUUGGGCUACAAGGAACAGUACCUGCGGCUUCGCAAGUCGUCCGUCUGCCAGAACGGUCGGGACUACGUUGUGACCAAGCAGCCGUCCGUCUGUCCCUGCUCCCUGGAGGACUUCCUCUGUGAUUUUGGCUACUUCCGUCCAGAGAAUGACUCCAAAUGUGUGGAACAGCCAGAACUAAAGGGCCACGAUCUGGAGUUUUGUCUGUACGGCAGAGAGGAGCACCUGACAACAAAUGGGUACCGAAAAAUUCCCGGAGACAGAUGCCAGGGUGGUGUGAAUCCAGUCCGAGAAGUAAAAGACUUGAAAAAGAAAUGCACAAGCAACUUUUUGAGUCCCGAAAAGCAGAACUCCAAGUCAAAUUCUAUUCCAAUCAUCCUGGCCACCGUGGGAUUGAUGCUGGUCACCGUCGUAGCAGGGGUGCUCAUUGUGAAGAAAUACGUCUGUGGGGGCAGGUUCCUGGUGCAUCGGUACUCCGUGCUGCAGCAGCACGCCGAGGCCAACGGUGUGGAUGGUGUGGACGCCCUGGACACGGCCCCCCACACUCAUAAGAGUGGUUAUCACGACGACUCAGAUGAGGACCUCCUGGAAUAGCUCCUCAGAGGAGCUGGGACCGAGCACAGAUGAUGGAACCGCAGUACCUCUGACACUCCCUGUGGCACCAACUUGGGGGAAUAAAUUUCCCGUUGCAAGGGCCCCAGCUCUGUUUCUGCUGCUUCCACCAAAGCCAAAAGGACCUGCGCUAAAGAAAUGCAGGGGGGUGGGGACCCUAAACAGUCUCACGAUUGGCUCUGAAAAGGGGGGGAAAACUAAAUUCUUAAACUUUUUAUUUCAAGCUCUGUCUUUUUGCAAAGUAUGGGUUCUUUUGGUUUUGUUUUUGUUUAAUAAGGGAAACGAAAUGGGAUCAGAAGGGAACGUUUCACUAACCCCCCUGUUGCAUGUUUUGCAUGGCGCCUGCCCCAGGGCACCUGCCAACCCCAGCAUCAACUCUCACAAAGGACCCGGUGCUGUCCCCGGGCUCUGCUGGCCACACAAAGCAGCUGCCGAGAGGGCCUCGGGGGCCGCAAGGACUGGCACAGCCUGGUGGCCUUUCCCCGGUCAGGGACAGCCCUGCCCCAAGAACACUGCACACCAGCUCCUCAAACACACACCCCGCCUUUGCUUGCUUGCUUUUUCGGGGACCAUAGGCCACAGUGGUGUCUCUUCCCCCCCUGUUUAAUUAGGCAAUACCCUCGUUAAUUGCCCUUUGGUAACUGACUUAACCAUGUGCUUCCAAGACACUAAAUCAGGAAAACUUAAAGGGCAAUAUUUUUAACUUGGGGCAGGAAGAAGGGAGCAGCAGGGAAUUGACUAGAUUUAGCACCUAUUAAAGGACAAAUUCUUGCUUCUUCCAAGAUCUUUCCAGCCAUGCUUCGUGUUUGUGCCAGUGGACUAGCUCAAGGACAGGCUUAGGGCUUGCCCUGGAUGUCUGCCCAGGCCGAGUGGUCUCUCUGCUGGAGCCGAGGGAGGGUGCCCGGGGUGGCCCCUGAGGACUGAACGUCACAGUCUUCCAUGUCCUCUGCCACCUGUGGGCGAGGUGGGGAAUCCUUAGGACAGCUGCUCAUUUGCUUGCUUCCUCUUGGACUGCUGAUGUACAUGGAGCCAGGACUAGGCAUGUUUUCAGAUUAUAGGCUAUUUUUUAUUAAAUCGGGAUUUUAUUACCAGGCUCUCCUCCUCACCCAUUUUCCCCAGCUUUGCCAAGUAAUUUGUUGGCAUGAAACUUUUGGCAGAACCAACUGGAAACACACGUCCAGUGUGGGUGAUGUUUUACGUGAUGCGUUAAGUUUGUAUUUUAAAUUUAAGGAAGUUUUCCACUGGACAUUUUUUCAAAUCAAGUUAACAGUAGAAUGCGGUGAGAUGGAUUUUUGGGUGGCCACACAGUAAUGGAAAACUGCAGUAAUUCAUUUUAAUACAGCUUGAAUAUUUGCUAUCCAGGAAUAUAGUAUACUACGUUUUUGGUCUUAGUGUCCCUACUGUGCUGGCCACAGUUUCUCCCAGUGAUUAUGAUUGGGACAUUCUUUGGUAACUGCCAUUUUGCUGCUAGUUCAUUUUAUGGUGAUCAAGUCACGAAAAAGUAAACGUGCCAAAUCAACUUUUGUCAGAAUGCAUGAGCAGAUGGCUGCGUUCUCUCCUCUCCAGAACGGAUUAACAGCAGCAGGGAAAGUGGGAGAGGGGGUGGAUGGAGAAGGUUAGAGACUUAGAAGCUGCAGCAGAGCUAAAUGAGUCAGGGAGCUUCAGUCGAGAAGUAAAGCUAGGGCAGUUUUUGUGAAGAGAAUUCGUAUUUGAGACAGAGAGCACUGGUCUUUUAGGGAAAGCUCAUUCAUUUUGCAUCGUUUUUAAAUAAUAAUUUAAAAAAUUCCAAAGGUAGACCAGCUCACAAAUGAUAAAGCGUCAGUCUUUGUCCCGGACACCCUCACCUCCUGCCCAGAGUGAUUGUGAUGCCCAGAAAAGACCCACUUCUGCGCACUUCGCCCCACAGCAUAUACCGCCUGGGUAGAUGUGCCCGUGCGUGGUAGUUCUCUGAUUUGUUGAGGAUGUAAGACAGUUCAUCUUCUUCUCCAAUAAGGUUAGAGCUCUGUGCUUCUAAGGGUAUCUGGGAUUUCCGUAGAGCCUGGCAGUUUUCAGAGCACUUUCACUUGGCAAUAAGUCAUUGGAAACUCACAACAUUCUCAAGGAGACUUUCUCUUUGAAGACAGGGGUUGGCCAUCCCUAUUUUUCAGGAGACAGAGCUGAGGUACAAAAAGUGAGUAGAUUGUCCAGGGUCCCUGUGUGUGUCGUGAGCCAUGCUGGUUGGUUGUGUUCAGAGCUUUUGAACGUUUUCAUGCACGCGGGUGCUGUGUGCCUGGAGCGGAUAGGGCUCCCAGUGAACGGACGCCUCGCUGUUCUUCAGGCGAGGGACAGUGGCAUCGGUGUCGGGCCAUAUGUAGCGCCUCUUUGCCAUUGUGGUAAACAGAAAAAUUUAUUCUCCUGUUUUUCAUGGCUGAAAAACAAAAAUUAAUGGUGAUUUUGAAAAUGUGUUUAGAAACUGCCCCUCCUCACCUAGUUGCGGGAGUGCGUUCUCCCUUGAUGAGCCACCCCUCUCCCUUCUCCUUGUUUUCUCGUCCUUGGCUGGCUGGCUGGCUGGCUGGCUCCGUCGUUUGGAGGACUGCUGACAAGCCUGGCUCACCCAACAAACGUAUGCCCUCAGCCAGAAAGUAUAACAGCCUAAAUCCAUGAUAGCUUCGAAGAGCACAUGAUUUCUAAUUUGUCCUCCUGACGCUAGGUUGGGAACACCGUCUUUGAAAGUAAAGUGUAGCUUAUCGUUGUGUGAGAUCCCAGGCUUGAUGGUAGCAGAAGAGAUGAUUUCUGGAGGUUUCAGCGAUAGGAUUGAGCAUUGUCAGAGGUUGGACAUAUCAGACUAUCUUCAGUGGUCUGAGCUUUUAAAUCCAGGUAGAGAACUUAACCAUCCCUCACCUGCGACAGGCAUCUUGGACCUAAGGGGGCUUUUGGUUUUUAGUGACUCUAGAGGCCAGAAGUACAUGCACCUGGGCUGGUAUUUGAAUGGGGGCACCACUUAGGAGAAGAAAAUGUCUGGAGGGUUCUGGCAGUUCUAAGCUGGGCUCAGGAGAUUCACUAGAUUAGCUAUCAGUGAAAUUUAGAAUUUGCCAUCUGCCUCUGAGUAGGCUUUCCAGUGUGUACCUCUCUAAUUCCUCGGUUUGCCUCUGGGCCUCUCCAUGUCCAAGCUGGCCUUUCAGCCGUGACACAUUAGUAGCAGACUGGCCACCUCCAGUCCCUGUGCUGGCUCUCUAAGCCGCAGCUGGUUCUCCCACGGCCUUGGUCACAGGACCAGGAUACAGAGAGGAGUGCAGGACCGUCCACACCCAUGCCAGGCGGCGGGGCUGCCCAGAGUUUCGGUCAGUUCUCUAUGUUCUGGGCCAGUCCUCCAAGUAGAGAGGUCCUCUUUCCCUUCAGGAGAGCCCUAAAGAACCCUGCCUCUCUUCGGUGGUUUGGGGUGCUUCCUGCUCAUUGUUGGUACAUCCUCCUCGCCACAGAAAGCCUGGAUACGUGGAACUGCUAAAAUCAGAGAUUCAGCUUUUCAACUUUGCUACCACCUGGCCUCAAGCAGGGAGAUAAACAUGGACUUCAGUGUCCUUUGAACAAAACCAAAGUGUAAGAUGCACCGCGUGGCGGAGUGCUGGGGGGGCCAGACCUUCAGCGCUGGCCUACAGCAGGUGCCGGGUGUUCUGUUUCAUCUGCCACCCGUGUGCCCAGCAGCUCUGGGAGCACCGUCCUGCCUGAGCAGAGCCGGGCCUGCCCUCAUGGAGGCUCACUGACACAGCGGGAGCAUGUUGAUUCCGUGGUUAUGUUGCAUUAUAACAAUAAGAGUCAGAACAUUAAUUUGAAACUGUCUUCAACAACUUGCUGUAUCCAUUUUUUCACACCAGUACAUUCUUAAGCAUCCUUGUUUAUACAGAAUAACAUAAACUAAUCUGUACCUUUAUAUAUAUAUAUGUACAUAUAUACAUGUAUAAACUGUAUAGUGUACAUGUUAAUGAUUUAUUGAUAUGUCCCAGAUCUUUCAUGCAGUUCUCAUCCUCCGCAUGCCCUCAGUUUGUGGUCGGGUGACUUGAAUGUUCCCCGAUAAUCCUGCCCACCUCCCGUGUUUGGACAUCUAGGGAAGGAGGGUUUUGGUCGUACCCUCCUUAUCCUCAUGCACAGAAAUGCUCAGGGUCCCCAUGUGCCUGUUGUUUAACCCUCUCUUGUCUCUUGUUCCCUUUCUGAGCAUGUGGUCCCUCCCUGUCCUGUAACUUCUCUGCCCCCUCCCCCAGCUGUGGGACAGCUGCCUUCCUACUAAAGUGUAAAGCAGUAUUAACAUCAUUACUGCAUGUGCGCUUAUAACCCAAGUCUUCUGUUCCCUUGGGACAGAAAAUUGCAUGUGGGGUGGGAUAAUCAAUUUUCAGUGACCCAUGUCAGUUACACAACAAAGCCAGACCCCAUAGCAAAAUUCCACAAAAUGGAAAUCAGACUUAAAUUUCUUUAUUAGCAUUGUGUAAAUAAAUCUGGAUGUGUUUAACUUUGUACUGGUAAUUUUCUGUAUAUUUGCAAUAUUUGGGUUAGAAAUAAAACAGACUGGACUUUGAUACCUG